AUGGCUCAAUACACCUUCGACUCUAGUCUGUUUUCCCAAACCAUGAACAAUUCAGCCAUGACCUCCACGCCUCUUCCCCCACCAACUGUCGAGGCCAUGCCUACUACCAUCAAGAUGGAGAUGAUCGAGAACUACGACCAUUCACCUUCACCCGCACAUCACUCCUCCAACUCGUCGGAAGCAUCACAAACACCAGCACCUGAGAGCAAUGGCUCUAAGCCGGUUAAGAAGCGCAAGUCGUGGGGCCAGGUGCUUCCCGAGCCAAAGACCAGCCUACCCCCACGAAAGCGAGCCAAGACUGAGGACGAGAAGGAGCAGCGACGGAUAGAACGUGUAAAGCGCAACCGCCUCGCCGCCCACAACUCGCGUGAACGGAAACGACAAGAAUAUGAGGUCCUACAAACCGAGAAGGACGAGCUCGAGGCCAACAUGCAGGCCUACAAACAAAAGAUGGCUGAGAUGGAGGCCGAGCUCAGAUAUUACCGCUCAAAGUACCCUGGCGAAGCACCUCAGCAAGUCUUCGACCUCGCUACACCACCCAGCGACACCUCUUUCGACACCAUCUGCCCCGCGCAGAUCCCAACAUCUUUCCCCAGCCCUCCUGAGUCCAUGGACUCGAUGGAUUCGCCCCGUGACUCAUCGUGUCAACCAGAGACACCCCCAUCAAGCUUUGAGGCUUCCCCCGAAUUCGACUCGACACAAUAUCCUGCCGCGAUAUUGUGCGACCUGCCGUUCGACGAGAAGUCUGUCGUCAUGGAAAACUUCUUCGACUUUGAACCCUUCCCAAAGUGCAGUCCAACAACGACUGCACCAAUGGAACCCGCUUUUAGCAUGGUGGACUCUUCUUCGGUCGAUGUCUUCGGUCCAACACCCUUCGACCACAGCUCUUUCUCAAACACUUAUGGCUUUCUUGACGGCUUUGAUGCAAAGUUCAACGACUUGCAGAGUGCCUCUGGCGCAACUUCGGUUAGCGACGAGGCCCUCGCAGCGGGACAACUUUAG